AUGGCAAAGAAGUCGGGUCGAGGCAAGUCGUGGUGCCCAGCAUCCGUAGACCUCCUUCUCGACAUCACAGUUGAUGUACUACCUCUCGGUAAGAACGGAUGGGAAAAGGUGGAACGCCGGUUCAACCGCUUGGCUGAACCGAAGCUGCUCCCCAUACGCGACGCAGAUGCACUAAAGCGCAAGUUCUUGCUUCUCAAGAACCACGCAAAGCCGACGGGCGAUCCUGACUGUCCCGAAGAAGUGCAAAGGGCGAAGCGCAUUCAACGCGACAUCGACCUGUCGGCGUCAGUGCUGUCUCUCGACGACGACUUCGAAGAAGAUACCCUGCUCUCCCCUCCGACGCAACUCCUCACCCCACCGAUGCAACCCAGUGUGCCCACUUGCCACGAGGACGACGAAGAUGUUGGUCGUACUGGAUUGCCCUGCUCGGAGUUGCAGCUGCUGAGCGACAAGUUGAAGCGGGGUCGGGAUCCCUCCGAUGUGGCUGGGGGGUUGCUGUCCUACACGGCGAAAAGGCGUCGUUCCAUCGACAAGUUUAUCGACGGCGCUGCCGAUGCUGAUGCCAAAGCGUCAUCCGAUAUGAUGACAUUGUUUCUACUGAUGGACGAGCGGGCGGCGAAGCGUGAAGAGAGCCGUAUUGAGCGUGAAGAGAA